GUGUGUGUGUGUGUGUGUGUGUGUGUGUGUGUGUCUGUUUGUUACAGGGAUGGAGCAUAAAAGGAGAGAGACAGCAGAGAAAGGGAGCUCUCUCUCCCCAACCACAAUACAUAUUAGCAUUUUGGAACGACAGAUAUUUGACUUUCUUGGUUACCAGUGGGCGCCGAUCCUCACAAACUUCAUCCACAUCAUCACAGUGAUUCUGGGCCUGUUUGGGACAGUGCAGUUCAGACCACGAUACGUUACUGGAUAUGCAGUCUGGAUGGUGCUCUGGGUCACCUGGAACAUCUUUGUCAUCUGCUUUUACCUGGAAGUGGGUGACCUUUCCAAGGACACAGAUCUGAUCAUGACCUUUAAUAUUUCCAUGCAUCGCUCAUGGUGGAUGGAGAACGGCCCUGGGUGCAGGGUGACCCCCGUGACCCCUCCGCCAUCUUGGGCUCCUGAAGACCACCGCUACAUCAGCAUAGCCGGCUGUGUGCUGGAAUACCAGUAUGUGGAGGUGGCCCACAGUUCCCUGCAGAUCAUCUUGGCACUGGCUGGGUUCAUCUACGCCUGUUACGUGGUGAAACUCAUUUCAGAAGAGGAAGACAGCUUUGACUUUAUAGGUGGCUUCGAUUCCUAUGGGUACCAAGGGCCACAGAAGACAUCUCAUUUGCAACUACAACCGAUGUAUAUGUCAAAGUAACAAGAAACAAACUGCCUUAUGAAGCAAUGAAACGAUGAACUGCUAUCUCAACC